AUGGCACUGAGGACCUGGCUUCUGUGCUGGCUGCUGCUGGGCUUAGUUCUCCCAGGAGCCUCCAGCCGAGCCCACCAGCACUCCAUGGAGACACGCACCCCUGACAUCAAUCCUGCCUGGUACACGGGCCGUGGGAUCAGGCCUGUGGGCCGCUUCGGCAGGAGGAGGGCUGCCUUGAGAGACAUCACGGGACCUGUCCUGCGUAGCCGGCUAAGCUGCCUCCCACUGGAUGGAAGUGCCAAGUUCUCUCAGCAUGGAUAA